CACUGGACGACCAUCGCGAACAAUGUCAAUCCGCAACCUCCUGGAACGUUUCUUCCCCUCCAACGUGGGGGAGCACAAGGUCGUCAUUAGCGGUACAGACUGGGCUGGAAAAACGACUCUCCUGUACUACCUGAAGCGAGGCGAGAUUAUCCAAACCAUACCCACUAUCGGGUUCAACAUCGAACACCUCACCCUCUCUACUUCAUCCAACCAGAAACUGGACCUGGAGCUAUGGGACCUUGGUUCUGGCUGUGGAGGAUUCAGAAUGGCUCGAAUGAUGCUGAGACACAUCGCAUAUACUGCCAAGGCCAUUAUCUGGGUCGUUGAUAGCACAGACACGCCCGAGAUGAUGGCUGAGAGCGCUGAAACUCUGCUAAUUGCUUUGGAAGAUGCAGAGGAGAUGAAGAAUCUCAAAACCGAGAGACAUCUUCCAGUCCUGAUCCUAGCAAACAAGUCUGACCUACCCAACGCUAUGCCGCUGGACGAUAUCCGAAAAGUGUUCCGUCACGCAACAGCAGGGCGGAUCGCUUCCAUCUACCGGACCUCCCUACCAGUGGUCACCAAGUCUGUCACAGGCCUCCAAGAAGCUAUUGACUGGCUCGCUCUUGCUUUAGACAUCGCGUCGUCCUCGCCGAAGACUGGGGGACCAGCGCCAAAGGUUGAACUUCCCCCCAACCCCCGUCAACCGAGUGCCCUCUCCAAACGACUGGAGACGUGGCUCCAUCAAACAGAGGUCGAUUCCCCACCUGAUGAGUUCAUCUCACAGUUCAAAUCCUACAGCCUCCCUUCAUGGGAUCAUUACACCCAUAUCCGCAUAGCCUACCUCUUGCUCAUGGCUCACGGAAGGCAGAAAGGCAAAGACAUGGUUUUCUCCGGCCUCGAGAACUACAUCGCCAACAACUCCAAAACCAACGUCCGGGGCUUCCACUUUACGAUGACCUACUUCUGGAUCCAAAUCGUCCAUUUCGGCAUUCGCAACAUGCCCCCUCAGCUCUUGGACCACCCGCUCGAAACCGACACGACGGCCAACGUCCGGUACCCCUCGUCCGCCGACUUCUUUCGCUUCCUCUUCAUCAACCCUCAUUUAGUGGAUGGAAGCCUGUGGACAGACUAUUACUCGAAGGAAGUCAUGAUGAGUCCAGAAGCAAAGAGCAGCAUGGUUCUCCCUGAUAAGAAACCCCUACCGAGCUUGGUCAUUCGCGACGCAAUAGCUUCGUUCGGAACUGGGUCGUGA